CGCGCCCUCGGCGGGGUCGCCCCGGCCCCUCUGCUCCUCCUGCUGCUGCUGCUGCUGCUGCCCGGGAGCCAGCGCGCUGCAGGGGCGCCCCUGGCCAGCGAGCUGCGCUGCCAGUGCUUGCAGAACGCGCAGGGCAUUCACCCCAAGAACAUCCUGAGCCUGCAGGUGACGCCCGCCGGACCCCACUGCGCCCGCACCGAAGUCAUAGCCACGCUCAAGAACGGGAAGCAGGCCUGCCUCAACCCCGAAGCCCCCAUGGUGAAGAGAAUCCUCCAGAAGCUGCUGAGCGAAGGCAGCGCCAACUGAUGAGGAGAGCAGGCUGAACCUCCAAAGAGAAGCCAAGCCCCCGCCUGCCAUCCCGCCCCGUCUGCGUCUCCUGUGUUUAUUUAUGAGAGCUUGGUCCUUUAUUUAUCUGCGUAUUUAUUUAUUUAAGUGAUGCCUUUCUGGUCCUAUUUAUUGUGAUAUUUAAUGUGUUUGGUUAUCUACCCUAGAUGGUCGUGUUGAAUCAGGUAGUCCAGUCCCGACAGUUGUUUAAUUGGAGGGUGGUGGGUCUGGUUUUUACUUGUUAUUUCUUUUGAAAGUGAUGGGUUUGAAAUGUUAAUUUAUUAAAUUGGGGGGGGGGAUGGGCAUUGGACUGAAGUGAGUCCGUCCACCCCACCCCCCAUGAAGUCUGAAGACCAGCUGGGGAAGAGCCAGCUCGAGAGCUGUCUGUGGUCAGUCAGUCCUGGUGGAGGUCGGGUUCGAUGUGUGCACAGCUGUUUGUGUCGUGACUGUUUAGGAGCACGUCUCCCGUGGCCUUCUGUAAUACUUUCACAGUAUGUGCUCAGCAUUUCUGGUGCUGACAUUUUAAGAACUCUCAUGUUCGAUUUAUCCCUUGGACAUUUUUAUGUCUUCUUUGUAAGGCACAAUGCCUUUCCUAGCAACAAUUACACAAUGUCUUCUGUGUCUUGGAGUUGAGAUAUUUAUCUAUUAAUGUAUUAUUUUGAAUAACAUAAAAAUA